CGACACCGACUUUGACUGCCUCGUGUUUUCAUCAUCUCUUGUCAUGAGCAACAUCCCGCGUCUUCCCCCAGAAAUAUGGCUGGACAUUAUCGAUUGGGCAACCGAAGACGAGACGCCCAAUGUCGAUUAUGUCCAUUUCGAACGCAUCCCUCGCGACGCCAGGUCCUCUGAACUGGUUGGGACCAGGAAGGCCUUAUCGCAGGUUUCCAGAGGGCUUAGGAACUUGAUAAUGCCUCAACUGUACAAAGAGGUCUGGGUAAACCAUGGUGCCGAUGAACUUCGAACGGUUUUGCAGAAACCGAGGGAUCCAACAUCGGAACGGCCUCAGUGCUACGGAGACACGGUUCGCCGACUAGUCCUCCCGUACUCCUCCACUGCUGGAAAGUCGCCGCUUCCAUACCUCGACAUCCUUCGGACAUGUCUACGGCUCGAGGUGCUCGUCCGGCCACAACUCUCACUACCGGAAAUCUACCGCCUGAGCUUCGACUUCGAGACAAACAUCGUCCAACUACCCUCCCUCAGACGACUGGAAUGGUGCCACCACUCAGAGGCAGACCGAGCUGGAGGGAUCAACUCACUCAGCGCAGUCCUCCGCAACUCGCCCAGUCUGCGCUACCUCUUCAUCGAUCGCGUGGUUGAAUUGAGCCCCACGGGUAUGGACCCUACGCCACUCGAGCUCAAAAGGCUCAAAACACUCCGGUUGGGCGUAGUGAAUGGUUUACUCUUGCACCAAAUCACGCAACGAUGGUCACUUCCUUCGCUAACCCGCCUGGUCCUCGACCGGCCUAUGCCAGAACCCCAGUUCGUGUUACUCUGCCAGAGCCUGGGGACCCAGUUGGAGCUUUUAGAGUUUGGAGGGCAUCUCCGCUUCUACACGGUCGAUUAUAUCUCCCUCGCUCUCAUGUCGUGUCCAACUUUGAAGGAGCUCAACUUUCACAUUUUCUUCACCAUCCCACCCAGCCAAGAAGACCCAAACAUUAAUACUCCGAGUCGUCCACACACGUCAUUGAAGACCAUUGGGAUGCAUUCUGCAGUGAACGGCAUGCUUUCUAAUGGGCAGGAAUUGUGGGAUCGAUUGAGGGAGCAUUUUACGUUCUUGGCAGGGGAGAGGCUGGAAUCUUUGGAGCGGGUGGUUCUUUAUGGUGAAUGGAAGUUCAUUCUUGACCAUCCUAUGUUCCAGCCCAUCAAGCAGAAGCUUCAGGACCGCGGUUUGGAACUCGAACUUUAUGAAGGCCGAUGA